AGGUAUUAACUCCACUACGCUUCUCUCUCUACAAUUACUCUUUGAAAGCAUCUCUCUCUAGAAUAUUAAGUAUUGCUAACUUGAGCAUCGGAGUGUUUUCCCCGAGAAAACAUCCUCGGAAUUUUCAGGUUACUGUGCUUAUUGUUUUUGUAUUUUUAUAUGGACGUCUAUACAUGGUUAUGAGUGGAUUGAAAGGAGCAAUUCUUCAAAGUCUAAGCAUGCAUCAGAGCAAGGCCUUUGAAGAGGCUAUGGCUACCAAAUCUGUCUUCCAGUUGGGCUCGCUGCUGUUGCUGCCCAUGGUUACGGAAAUUGGCCUGGAAAAAGGCUUCCGUUCUGCUGUAGUCUAUGGGAAACCAUAUCCUACAUCCAAUCUUUAUUGGUUUGUCACAUGGUCCAUGUGGUUCCUUGUUGCAUCAUGGCUGUUUGCUCCUUCUGUGUUUAAUCCAUCUAGUUUUGACUGGCAAAAAACAGUUGAUGACUGGACAUAUUGGAAGAGUUAGAUGGGGAAUCAUGGAGGUUUAUGUACUAUCUUGGAUUGUUAUGGCAAACGUUCUUUUAGUUUUGAAGAUAUGCAAAUGCAUCUCAUAAUAUGAUGAAAGCAAAUUUCCCAAACUCACUAUGAUGUGAAUUAUUUAAAACUUAAAUUACUGUAAAUAAUGUAGGUUUUCUGUCAAUAACAGCCUUCUGACUCC